AUGGCCAUUGUCAAGUUCAUCUUUGUUUGUGUUCUACUUAUCCUUGCUUGCUCUCUUGCUGUUAUCCCUGUUGAGGGACGGCAUUUAAAGAGUGAGAAAACAAAGGAGUCUAAUGAGAAACCUAUGAUUCAGGGAGAGGAAAGUGAAACUGUAUCAAGAAAAGGUGGUGUAGGUACCAGUGCUUUGCAUGGUGACGAGUUUCAGCCAGCAGCUCCUGCACAUGUCGAAAACAUUGGAGCUGCAAACCCAGGACCCAUUAAAGAUUCAAGCUCACUCUCACCAGAUGAAAUUGACGACUUCAGGCCUACAGAUCCUGGUCACAGUCCAGGCGUCGGGCAUUAA